AUGGCAGUGAACAUUUGUGAUUUAAAAGAGAUCCAAAAGUUAGUGAAAUCCGGAGAUUUGAGUGUUAACUCAAUAUUUUCUUGGGAUAAGUAUAAAGAAAUAAGUGUUCUUCAGUUCGCAAUCGUGAACUCAUGCGACGAACUCAUUGAUAUUUUAUUGGAAAAUCACGUUGAUUUGAACAUCAGCACUAAAUUUUUGGGGACGGCGCUCCACGUAGCGAUCAAGGAAAAGAAGCUUGACGUCGUGAAAAAGUUAGUAUCAUCCGGAGCUGACAUCAACAUCAUGCCAGGCUUCUAUGAAACUCUGCCACCACUUCACCAAGCCAUUGAAAGUGGUACCUAUGACAUCAUCGAGUUUCUAGUGAAAUCAGGAGCCGACGUUAACUUGGCACCUUAUAAACUUAAAUUACCAUUGGGAUACUGCAACUGGUCUCCUUUGAAUUUUGCAAUUCUAUUAAAAAAUAUAUCUGUGAUUGAAUUGCUAUUGAAGCACAAUGCCUUCAUCUACCAAAGGUCCAACCAACUACGCUCUUCUCUACAAUUGGCUGUAUUAGGCAUCAGCAAUAUUGAGAUUUUACAAAUUCUGGAGAAGUUUGGAGUGAAAUUAGAGAUAAUCAAGGACGGUGAAUAUACUUUGGAGUUCAAUAAAGUUGUGAACCAAGAUAACGUAGAAAUUUUUAAACUUUUUAUUAAAAAAUGUGACAAUUUUUUCGACAUUUCUGAUUUGUACGGUGAUACCAUAGCUUAUCAAGUUGUUGUGUUAGGAAGUAAAAAUAUUUUACAAUAUUUACUGGACUAUGGGAUGAGCGUUAAUGUGGUUGACAAGAAUAAUUCAAGCUUACUUGAUGUCGCCAUGAACAUAAACAUUCUCCAAACUCUUAAUCAUCGAACAGAGGAUCAGUCUUUGGAAAUAAUAAAAAUGAUCGAGGAUCACAUUAUUAAGUUAUCCGCAGCAGGUUUAUUUGUGAAUGAAAAAAAUUUAAAAGCUGUAGAUAGUAAGCAUUUCAAAUUGUUCCGUGAGAAGUGCGAGAAAGAAAUAAUGACAAAGACUUAA